UCUAGAGCUUCAGGGUGUGCACAGCGCUAAGAUGCCAGGAAGCCAGAGGGACUUUUUCCAGACCUGACACCCGGCUCUGCUUCAUACCGUCUGAGUGACUUUGGGCAAGGGCCUGAACUUCUCUGGGGCUCGCUUUUCCUGUCUGUCAAAUGGGGACAGUGAUAGUACUGGCACAAAGUGGGGCUGCCGUGAGGACUGAAUGAAUUCAUCCGCAGUGCUGAGCACACAGCCUGCGUCAAAGCGGAGGAUCCCGGUGUCCCAGCCGGGCAUGGCUGACCCCCACCAGCUUUUCGAUGACACAAGUUCAGCCCAGAGCCGGGGCUAUGGGGCCCAGCGGGCACCUGGAGGCCUGGGCUACGUGCCAGCCUCUGCAUCGCCCCAGGAGGCCUUCCUGGCCGAUCCUGUGUCCAACAUGGCCAUGGCCUACGGGAGCAGCCUGGCCGCACAGGGCAAGGAGCUGGUGGAUAAGAACAUUGACCGCUUCAUCCCCGUCACCAAGCUCAAGUAUUACUUUGCCGUGGACACCAUGUACGUGGGCAAGAAGCUAGGCCUGCUCUUCUUCCCCUACCUGCACCAGGACUGGGAAGUACAGUACCAGCAGGACACACCAGUCGCCCCCCGCUUUGACGUCAAUGCUCCUGACCUCUACAUUCCAGCUAUGGCUUUCAUCACCUAUGUCUUGGUGGCUGGCCUGGCGCUGGGGACCCAGGAUAGGUUCUCCCCAGACCUCCUGGGGCUGCAGGCGAGCUCUGCGCUGGCCUGGCUGACAUUGGAGGUGCUAGCCAUCCUGCUCAGUCUCUACCUGGUCACUGUCAACACCGACCUCACCACUAUCGAUCUGGUGGCCUUCUUGGGCUACAAAUAUGUUGGGAUGAUUGGCGGGGUCCUUAUGGGCCUGCUCUUUGGGAAGAUUGGCUACUACCUGGUGCUGGGCUGGUGCUGCGUGUCUAUCUUUGUGUUCAUGAUCCGGACGCUGCGGCUGAAGAUCCUGGCGGAGGCAGCGGCCGAGGGGGUCCCGGUGCGCGGCGCCAGGAACCAGCUGCGCAUGUACCUGACCAUGGCCGUGGCGGCGGCGCAGCCCCUGCUCAUGUACUGGCUCACCUUCCACCUGGUGCGGUGAGGGCGACCCGGCCCCCGCCUCCAGCUGCUGCUCCGGGCGGCCGCGCCCGCCUCCCCUCUGCCCGUCGCCCCCGGGGGCCCCGCCCCCGCCCUGGCACCGGCGCUGCCCCUCUCCCGAGACCCCGCCCCCUCCCCUCGCCGAGGUGCUGAGAUCUCCAGCUGCACAGGCCGCCCCGCAGUGCGGCCGCUGUUCAGGAAACAAUAAACCGUGAUGGGCACGGCG